GGGGAUCCCAUGAUCAGUUGCCCUGUUUCCCUGCUGGGGUAUCGUGGGUCAUCAGAGCCGUAUAACUGGUAUGGCUUCCCCCGCUGUGGCUCUUGUUGGCUUUACAGUAAGAUUGUCCGUUUGAAGAGGUGCUGCUGAAUUCGUGGUGCGGUCUUUUUGAAUGAAUCGACCAUGGCUGCUCGAUCGCUGUGUCUGGUGCUUGUCUCUAUCUUGCUGCCCUCGGCUCUAUCAUCGGCCUCGGAGCCAGGUCUGAGUGCAAGAGCCUCGGAUGAUGCCUACUCUCCUCCAUACUACCCGGCGCCCAAGGGCGGCUGGCUGGAUAACUGGGCGGACGCCUAUGAAAAGGCACACGAACUCGUGAGCAAGAUGACCUUAGCCGAGAAGGUGAACCUGACAACCGGCACGGGUAUCUUCAUGGGACCUUGUGCGGGCCAGACAGGAAGCGUUUUGCGAUUAGGGAUUCCCAAUAUCUGUCUCCAUGAUUCCCCACUUGGAGUACGCAACUCAGACCACAAUACAGCCUUUCCACCUGGGAUCACCGUAGGGGCUACCUUCGACAAGGAUCUCAUGUAUGAGCGAGGCGUGGGACUCGGUGAAGAAGCACGGGGCAAAGGCAUCAAUGUUCUCUUAGGCCCGUCAGUUAACGCCAUUGGAAGGAAACCACGAGGGGGUCGCAACUGGGAGGGUUUCGGCGCGGAUCCCAGUCUUCAGGCUGUCGGGGGUGCUCUGACGAUCAAGGGCAUGCAGAGUACCGGAGCGAUUGCUUCGCUCAAGCAUUUCAUCGGCAACGAGCAGGAGAUGCAUCGUAUGAGCUCUAUAGUGACUCAAGGGUAUUCUUCGAAUAUAGAUGACCGUACCCUUCAUGAGCUCUAUCUGUGGCCCUUUGCUGAAGGCGUGAGAGCCGGAGCUGGCUCAGUCAUGAUCGCAUACAACGAUGUGAAUCGCUCGGCAUGUAGUCAAAAUAGCAAGCUCAUCAACGGGAUCCUCAAGGACGAAUUAGGGUUUCAGGGAUUUGUCGUGACCGACUGGCUGGCACACAUUGGCGGCGUUUCGUCGGCAUUGGCUGGUCUGGACAUGGAUAUGCCUGGCGAUGGUGCUAUCCCGCUACUUGGAAACACCUAUUGGGGUUGGGAGCUCUCUCGUUCUAUUCUCAAUGGAUCAGUCCCGGUCGAUCGUUUGAACGAUAUGGUGACGCGAAUUGUGGCAACAUGGUACAAGAUGGGUCAGGAUCAAGACUACCCUCUCCCUAAUUUCUCCGGCAACACGCUGGAUGAAAAAGGACCUUUAUAUCCGGGAGCUUUGUUUUCGCCCUCUGGUGUCGUCAACCAAUAUGUUAAUGUCCAGGGCAACCACAACAUCACGGCCAGAGCCGUGGCGAGAGACGCGAUCACGCUGCUAAAGAACGAGGACAACCUCCUGCCUUUAGGUCGAAACUCCUCGUUGAAGAUCUUUGGCACCGAUGCUGGCGCAAAUCCAGAUGGUCUCAACAAGUGUGCUGAUCAAGGUUGCAACAAGGGAGUCCUGACCAUGGGCUGGGGAAGUGGAACUUCUAGACUGCCAUACCUUGUCACCCCCCAGCAAGCGAUUGCCAACCUAUCGUCCAAUGCUGAAUUCUACAUCACAGACAAGUUCCCCUCCAACAUUUCCCCAAAGUCGCAGGACGUUGCCAUCGUUUUCAUCAAUUCCGACUCCGGGGAGAACUAUAUUACUGUCGACGGCAACCCCGGAGACCGCACUUCGGCGGGAUUGUAUGCGUGGCACAAUGGCGAUGACCUUGUAAAGGCUGCCGCGGAGAAAUUCUCGAAAGUCGUUGUGGUUGUUCACACGGUUGGCCCUAUAAUAAUGGAAAAAUGGAUUGACCUGGACUCCGUCAAAGCAGUCCUUGUUGCACAUCUGCCUGGCCAGGAGGCCGGCUGGUCCCUGACGGACAUUCUCUUUGGCGACUACAGUCCCAGCGGACACAUGCCUUAUACGAUCCCCCGCAGCGAGUCAGACUAUCCAGCCAGCGUGGGCCUGCUCCAACAACCAUUCGGCCAGAUUCAAGACGACUAUACCGAGCGCUUGUACAUCGAUUAUCGGCAUUUCCUAAAAAGCAACGUCACUCCUCGGUACCCAUUUGGGCAUGGACUUUCCUAUACUACCUUCAAGUUCUCAGAACCCAGUCUUUCCGUGGAUACCCCCAUUGAUAGUGCAUAUCCCCCAACUCGGUCUGCCAAAGGCACCACACCCACGUACCCAACGACCAUCCCCAAUGCAUCCGAAGCGGCUUGGCCCAAGAACUUCGAUCGUAUUUGGCGCUACCUCUACCCAUACCUUGAUAACCCUCAAGGUGCAGCCGCCAACUCGACAAAGAAGUACCCCUAUCCCGACGGAUACACGACGGAGCCGAAACCCGCGCCACGUGCCGGCGGCGCAGAGGGCGGAAAUCCCGCUCUGUGGGACGUCGCCUUCUCGGUCAAGGUGAAGGUUACCAACACGGGCUCGCGGAAAGGACGUGCCGUUGCACAACUAUACGUGGAGAUGCCUUCCAGCCUGGGGGUUGAUACUCCAUCGCGGCAGUUGCGUCAGUUCGAGAAAACGAAGACUCUGGCUCCUGGUGAGAGCGAGGACUUGACGCUUGAGAUCACCCGCAAGGAUAUCAGUAUUUGGGAUGUCGAGGUGCAGGAUUGGAAGGCGCCAGUGAACGGUGAAGGAGUCAAGUUCUGGAUCGGACAGAGUGUCGCUGAUGCACAUGUGCGCUGUGAUGUGGGUGGAGAGUGUUCGAGUUUGUAAUUAUCAAUUAUCGUGUGUUUGAUCUGUUGAUUACCAUAUCAUGCGUUAUUUUCCAUAGCCCAGUGGACAGCAUUGCGAAAGAUAAAU